UGACAACUGUCUAUCUACCUUCCAUAAUAUUUGGUACAAUUUGCUGAAUUGUGUGUGGUUCAUGUUUGUUCAUUUUCUAAAAAAGGAUUAUAAGUAGAGUUUUUAGUAACCAUUCUAAAUUUUGUAUCAAGAUGACAAUCGAAAAAACACCUGAGGUAGUCAAAAUUAACAAAUGGGAUGGUGCUGCUGCUAAGAACGCUAUUGACGAUGCUAUCAGAGAGGUUUUCACUGGUGAGCUAAAGUGUAAGGAGAGUUUUGCGCUUAUAGACGGACGACUUUGCCUCUGCGCCCUUGCUGUUGGCGUCGCUCUGUAUGCCUUGCUAUGGGACUACCUUUACCCAUUCCCGCAGUCAAAAUUGGUACUCAUAAUCUGUGUACUGUCAUACUUCUUCCUCAUGUCUAUUCUGACCAUGUAUACCACAUUCAUGGAGAAGGGCAUUUUUGUGGUAGCACGCGAAACUGUCGGUAACAACAACAGGGUUUGGGAAGCCAGUUCUUAUGUUAAAAAACACGAUGACAAAUACAACUUGGUUCUUGUAAUGCGGGACUUGAAUAAAGUUCGCGAGGCCUCCGUCAACAAGUCCUUCGCCUACUUCAUAGAUGCAAACGGCACUAUUGUGCAGACGCUGAUAGUCAACGAGAUAACUAAACUGUACAACUCAAUUUCGUCUGAGAAGAAGGACAAGUAGAUGAGAAGUGAAAAUAGGUCGGUAAUUAUCGUGCACAAUUCUUAAAUACAGUUUUUUUUAAUCUCAAUAAAUUAUAUAACAUAUAAAA